AGGAGAUAGAGAAUGAAGAAAGAAAGAGAACGAUUUAAUCAUUCAAAUAUUACCAAACAGCAAAACAAAAACAUUGAAAAAUUAUUAUUAACUUCUUUCUAUCUUUCUUUUUGUCAUUUUUCUCUCCCUUUAGUCUCACUCAAUUUUAUAAUAUAAUAUAUUAAUUGUUAAUAUAAACCUUAAAUCAUUAGUAGUUAUAUAAAAAUUACUGUAAACUAUAAUAUAUAAUAGUUAUAUUAUUAUAAUAUAUUGUGUAUAUAAUAUCUGUCAUCAACUAGCAGCCAACCAACAAACCAUCGACCAAAACACAAAAGGAUUCAUUUAAUUGUGAUUUUUAAUUAACUUAAAUCUUCUUUGUAACCUUCAUUUUUCUUUUCUAAUUGUUCAAUUCCUUCUUCGCAAUUUAAUCUUGUUAUCUCAAAAAAAAUUGAAAUUGUGAAGUCAAAGGACCUUUUUUUACCUUUGCAUUGUUUACUAGGAUCAAUUAACCCAAAUUUCUGACAAAUCCAGUGAUUUACAUUGUUUGUGUAUUUAUUAAUUUACCAAUUUAUCUGUUACCUUAUCAAGCAAUUUUCAAAAAUAAUUACUGUAUUGGCCAUUCGCCUUCAUCUUAAGCUCAAUCAUUACCAAAUAAUUACUUGGUAGCCAUUACUUUGUUUGAAUCUUAUGCUAUCUCCUCUUGUCUUUUGUUAAAAAUUUUAAAAUCGCCAGUAUUUCAAUUUCAAUAUCAUCAACACAAUCGUAAAAACGUAAGAUUUAACCAAUUUAAACUGUUUUAUUUAUUCAAUAAGCAAAAAAGGGGAAAUAGCUAAUAAUCAAUACAAAGUUCAAUUUGCCAAAAGAACUCUUUGUUAGGUUUUCAUUUCAAAAUUCACCAACAGUAAAAUUGUAAUAAGCUACCCUCUAUCCUAACUUAACUUAACCAAUCUCCUGUUGCCCACAACAAUAUCACUGUUAUACUUUUCUCUUUGUUUACCCAUCCUUCCAUUGUAACCAACGCAAUCAGUUUGCUUUAUUUCAAUUUGUUAAACACAACUUGAACUCUCAGUUGCCUGAAAUGUUAACUGGCCUUGCGAACUAUUUAUUUGGAUUAAAUGAAUACUCUGAAGAGGCGCUAGAAAAUCUUUUUAAAGAAACUCCAGUUAAAGGAUCUGAUGGUGAUGAUUGGAUCUUGGUUGAACUGAAGCAACCAAAAUCGAAUUUAAGUGCUGAUUCGAGUGAACAACCAACCGAAGCAGGCAGUGGAAGCCUUACUUCAAGUAAAAAUUGUGAAUUGCCUGAAAAUGAACCAGAAAAUGGGAUCAGUGCCGAGGAUUCAUCAAGUGAUGUCGAUGGAGAGAGUACAAACAAGGAAAAUGAUAGUGAUAAUAAACUAUUGACUGCCAGUAAUUUUCCUACCACAGCCACCAGCGAUGACUCGGAGGACAAAGAAGAUGAAGAAGAGGAUGAAGACGAUGAAGAUGAUGACCGAGAUGAUGGAGAAGCUGAUGGUAUGAUUGGUGAUAAUAUUAAUGCAAGAAACCAAGAAACUGCCAAUAAAAGGAAAAAAAGAAAAUCACGAGACAAUAAUCACACUGGAACAAUGGAGGGUUCCUGGUUUGUGACACCCCCUCCUUGUUUUGUUAGCCAUAAAAAAUCUAGCAAAAAAGUUUCUGCUUCACCAUUGGAAGAUAUUCUGAUUGAAUAUCCAUCGAUCAGCGUUUUCCACUCGCACACUUCUUCGCUGGAUUCCUUUUAUCCACUUCCCUCUACAUCUUCAUUAUCACCAAGUAGCUCACCCUUAUCACUUGUAUCACCAUCUUCAUGCACAUCAAACGAAUCCAAACCCAACAAUGACCAAUGUCUUGCGACAAGACGUAUAAUUGAUACAGUAUCGAUUAUUGCUGUUACUGUCGAAAAAUUGGCUAGAAUGACUUCUGGAGCACCUAAAGGAUCCAAUCGGUCGAAUAGAGGUCAUCAUAAUGGAUCUUCAUCCAAUAGCAACGAAAAUAAUGUUGAAAUGAAUCUACGCCAACCACCGAGAGGAGCUGAAGCUCGUGGAGCACCAAUUGAAAAUCAUGAAAGAAAUGCAGGUUAUCUUUCAGACAUCACAAAUCACCACUUAGCACCAAUGCAAAAAGCUAUCAACCAAGGAUCUCAAAAAUAUCUUAAAAAGUCUUUCCUCAACCGACAGAAUCUGGUCAAAUUUCAAAGUAACCGAAGGCCAACUCGCCGUCAACGCUGCACUCAACGGCCCAGUGGUUAUUCAAACAAUCGAAAAAUGUGUUGACCUUUAAUUUGAUAAUGACCUCAACUGUUUAGGUCUUCUAAUUAUUCAAUUAUCAAUUUUUUUCUCUAUCUCCAUCCUUAAUAUAUUGAAACAUCCAUGCUACCACCAUUAUAUCUGCCUCUAUCUCCAUUGUUGUCUUCGUCCUCUUUUUCAUCAUCUAGCUGAAAACUACGAAAAGUGUUAUUUCUCGUUCUUUAUUUCAAUUAUUUUUGUUUCUCUUUUAAUUACUAAACAAAUUGGUCAACACAUUCUGUGAUUGUAACACAGAACACGCAAACACAUCCAUAUACAUAUAUAAAUAUAAAUAUAUAUAUAAUCUUACAAUACCAAUAAUUGUCAAAAAAACGUGGGCCUACUUGCAUAUGUUCAAGGCUCCAACAAAUAGCAACAAAACUCAACAAAAACAUUGACAAAAUCAAAAAAGUAUUUACAAAAAAAUUUAUUAGGUUGUUUGGAGCAAGAUGUCACCUUAUUGAAUUGCAAUUUCUCCUAAACUAUCUGUUUAAUUUCUAUCAAUUAAAAAAUUGAAAUCAUAUGAGAUGAAAAAUCAA